CAUUGUUAAAUUCCGCCUAGUAUUUUUUUCUUCUUCUUUCUUGCGUUCCUGCUGUAUUGCACAGCUGGUGAUCCCAUCUCUCACCAUCGUUCAAACUACAACAAUGGCUGGUUUUGUGAACUUAGAUAACCAAGCCCCGUCAAGUCGCUUAGAGAUUCCCCUUUAUUGGAAUCAGAAUCAUGAAGCAACUCUUAUGUCUGGUUCUGUCAAGUCAUAUGAAGUGAAAGCCGACGGUAGUGCCGUCUAUGAUAAUAAAAAAUCCGGAUAUUCGGUAACAGCCGACCGACUACUCUGGGUGGACGGAUGGGAAAAAACAACAUUCGAAGGCGCCAAUAAGAUACACCACCAGGAGAUGACUCUAGUGGUUCUAAGAAUUGACCUUGCUUCACAUGACCCUAGAAGAAAAUUUGGUUCUGCAACUAUCUCCUUGGUAUUCGAAGGCGGUGACGAGAAACCAUUUGAUUCUAAGAACGAGCCGCAGGUGCAGGCAUGGGCGCCUUUCCAUUCAACUGAGAGAUAUAAUUUCUCAAAGGCUUCUCACAAUAAAUCUAGUAAAAUAGAGGCCGGCGGUCAGGCCGGGUACUCUGGCGUCAACAUAUCCGGCAGUCGGAGUAGCGAGCAUGAGAUAUCAUGGGAUCGAGCUGCCUUCGACCAAGCAAGCUCAAACCCAGAAAUUAGCCAGCACACUGGUCGGCGGAAUGGAAUCACAUGGAUUCUUGAACAGAACGAACUGCAGAAUGCGGGCAUCCCACAGACAUUCUAUGUCGCGGUGCUCAUAUCGCGACAAACGCGUGAGCCUUAUGUGGUGAAAUUCCAGGUUGAGGCUCGGAUAGGCACCGUGGAAGAUUUCAAGAACAAAACCAAGAAGUUUUUUGGGUCAAACCCGGGGAAAACCAAACCAUAUCUUGUGACACCUUGGGAACAGACCAUUUGCAAUUACGAGGGCAUGGAUAUAAUGAAGUGCAUUGACCGCGAUAACCUGGGGAGGUUGCAAAACCGCGAAAAAUCAUCCAGCCUGGAGCUGAAAUGGGAGCUCAGCCAUCAACUCGAGAUACAAAGUUCGGCUACCGCCAAGCAGGCUGAGGGGUCGUUGGGCAAUAACGAAGAAAUACGAGACAGCUCUGCAGAGGAGGCGAUGCCGGCUUCGCUGAAAACCCCUGGCAGUACAUAUGCCGAAGUACCGCUCCCUUCCUUGUCCGGAUCCACUGCGGCUGAUCUUGCCACCCAAUUGAGCCUUCCCCCGCUGGUGAUUGGCUGGCAAAGUGCGCCGUCCGCCCCCCCUAUCGAUUUGGCUAGGUUAACAGCGCUCGAGACUCGCAUGGCUCAGCUCGAGGCUCGUCUUGCUGCACAGGAUAGCCUGAUGUUUCGAAUGCAACAAGCCCUUGCUAGUAGGGAGGUGAUGCGCGAAUAGACUAUUCCUAUUCAAAUACUUAUAAGUAAAGGAAAUGUCUAACGCACAAUCUACUAGCUUUUUUUUAAUCUCUUGAUAGGGAUGUAGUUUCAAAGCAGAUUUGCGCUAAAUCAACUUACCUACCAAUACAUCAUCGUUUGUUCUUGGGCGUCAUACAAGUAUACAUACAUAUAUAUAAUCUUGGCUUGAAUCGAGGUGCCUAAUUGUUCAAAAAUGCUUUCGAUUUAGAUUUCCAGUCCAUGGAUAUCAUUUUCGCAGACUUUAUAAUCCCUGUAUGCUUGUUCUUCCAAUAAACUAACGUCAGAUUUGCCUUCAAAGAAAAUGCAUAGCAGGAUAUAUUGCGAUAGUAAGAGAUAUUGGAAGUCAACCUUAAUGGCGUAUUAUAAACCAACAAUUUUAAGCAAUUCUAAUAUAUUUAAAGGGAUAUACAAUAGUCCAACAUUUAGUUAUGACAAUUUAGCUACAUCCAACUGGACAUUUAACAAGCCG